AUGUGCUACGUAGCGUAUGGCUCAGGCACUUGGACGGAAAAAGUCAUCAGCGAAAUCAAGGCUGUACGGUUGCUCGUCCCUAGACGACCGACAGAUGCACAAGUGCGUCGCAUCACAGCUGCGGUUACAAACGAUUGGAGGCUAGAUCAGUACUUAAUUAACGCGCCAGAAGGAUUUGCUCGACUGGUUUUGGAGCACCGAUGCCGGCCCGGCCCGGGCCUUCGAGCGCUUUUCCUCACCGACUUGUCCCAGGCAGCGCAGGGCGGCCUAGGUGGCUUACUGCUCAGGUUACGCCAGGACGGCCAUGCGGCGCUUCGGCUUGUGGGACCGGCUGGCCUGUACGACACCGUUGAGGGCCUGUCGUACUUUGUACGGUGCACGCACCCUGCGCUGGAGCUUACGACGCUGACGUCCGCACAGCAGGGUUGCGUGUACGACGACGAGUGCCUGGAAGUACGGCCGGUCUGGCGGAACUCGCUGCUGUGGCAGGUACCCCCCUGGCUCAGUACGGCAGAUCUGGCCCCGGUAUCAGCAAGCGGUGGUGGCGCCACGGGGGCCCAACAGCGGUUUCGGAGCUCUGCAUGUAAUCCUGCGAAUGUAACCGCAGCUCCGGAACCAUUUGGCGGCGGUGGCGGCGACGGCGUAAUCGGGCCGGAGGAGGGGGCCGAUGGAGAUUCGGAUUGGAUGCUCAACGCGCGGCCACGAAAGCGAAAGAGGCCGCGGCGACGUCAGGGGGGUGGAGCUCGCUUAGGCGAGGCACUAGGCGUGGCUGGGGCUGGGGCCCCGCAACAAAGAACCGCAGCCGAGGACGGGGCUGAGGAGAGGCCGCUGCCGCCGCGGCGGCGGCGGCGGCUGUACGACAGCAGCGGCGGAGGCGGUGACGUCGCUGUCACGAAGAAUCCGGGGCAGCUCAAUAGUAGCAGCAGCAGUAUCCCUGAGAGUGGUGGAGAUAGCAGCAGCGAUGUGAGUGACGGCGGAGGUACACGGAGCGACACGGAGGGCGAUGGCGAUAGCGAUGAGGGUGCGGCGGCGGCGGCGGCGGCGGCGCUGGAUCGCGGCCGUCCAGCUGUUGCCGCAGCGGCGGCGGGAGCUGGCGGCGGGAGGCCGCACGGCAGUAGCAAGAUACGGGGUGACCACCUGGAUCUGUUUUCUGAAUUGGAUCGUUUGUUCAUGGCCAGCGGCCCAGCGGAGCGUCGUCCAGCGGGGGUGUACGGAGUCGCACGACAUGGUCGCGCGGCAUCAGGCGGAGGCGCUGCCGCCGCCAGGCGCAGCGGUCGUGUGCUGGCUGCAGCUGUCGGCGGCGGCGGUGGCGGCGCGGCGGCGGCGGAGGCGCCGCCGCCACCAGGACCUGCGGCAACUUUGACCUCGAAGGUGGCGCUGCGGUCGCAGGUUCUUGAGCGCCUUAGAUCCGCGGUCACCGGUCAUCACCUGGAAACCAGACCUACGCUGCCGCCGCAAGGUGUACGGCGCACGGCGGCAGCAGCAGCGGCGGCGGCAACUCCUAGCAGCACCGUCGCCGCCAGGCGGGUGACGCUGCCAGGGCUGCAGCCGCCGCCGCCGUCGUCAACGCGACAACCGCCGCCGCCGGUGCCACAACCGCCACCACAGCCAAGCAAGGCCACCCGGCCGCCAGACGACAACCCGCUUGCCUACCUCCUCUACCUGAAACACACCCGUCAGGCCGUGUUGGUAGUUGCCGCCGGCGACUUGGGUGCCGUACGGUCGCUGGCGGCUCACCCCGUGUCGAAGCUGCUGCGCCGAGCGCCGUCGGGGUUACUGCUCGCGGUAACGCACGUGGCGGCGGCGGAGGUGACGUGGCAGCGGCGGUACCGCCAGCUGGCGGAGCGGCAGCUGCCCGGGCCGCACGUGUGGCCCAAGCCUGCCGCCAUCGCGGCGACGACGGCGGCGGCGGCGGCGGCAGUGCCGCCGCCGCCGCUGGCAGGACUUGGCCAUUUGGGUUCCGCUAGGGUGACGAUGCGGCUCAACGCGGUGGCACCGGCCAUCUUUCCGUUGCCGUACGAGCUGCGUGUACGGCAAUGUGCGGCGGCAGCGCGACGUGGCGUGGUGAACGAGGACGUUGGGGAACGUGGUGUGGACGCUGUGGACCGGCAGCUGGAGGACAACAUUGCUGCUGCCGCCGCCACCGCCGCCACCGCCACCGCCGCGGCGGCGGCCGCGGCAGUGGAGCCGACGACGGCGGCGGCGUUGCGCGAGGCGGUGUCCAAUGCCGGCGACAAGCCUACAGGACCCAGCUCCCAGCCGUUACACGGUCAGCAGCAACAGCUACAGCCGCCGCCACCAGCACUGGCGGAGCCGGAAGAUCCGCCUCAGCUGCAGCUCGUUGCGGAGCGUGAGGAGCCGCGGGAGGGCACUGAACCAGCAGCUACAGCCACAACGGUGAAGGAGGAAAAAAAGCACGAGUGUCAUCAGGAAGCGGCGGCGGUCCUGGUGCAUUGGUGGGAUGACGGCCCGGGCGAUGGCGGCGGCGGCGGCGGCGGCAGGCUGGGAAACGACGCAGCGGCGGCGGCGGACUUGGUUCCGGAGCAGAUGCUUCCGGCGGUGGCGGAGGUGCAGCGGAGUCUGUUGUUGGAGAGAAGAGAUACCGGGUUGUUGCAGAUGUUGCAGCGAUUCCUCCUCAACCAGCAGCCGCCCCGGCAGAUCUCAAGCAGGGACAUAUCCCCGGAGGAUAUCACCCGCCGGCGGAUGGACCAGUCACCAUCAGCAGCCUCCCAGCAGCAGCAGCAGCAGCAGGUCUCGCAACAUCACCCGGCACAACACCAGCUGCAGCUGCAGCAACAGGAACAGCAACCACAUUUGCAGAUAGAGCGGCACCAACAACAUCAGAAUUACCAACAACAACAUGAUUACCAACCCGCCGGCCCCUGGGCGAACGGCGGCGGCGGAGGAUGUACGGCGGGUGGCAGCAGCAGCGGUGGCGGCGGCUUGACGGCAGAGGAGGAGCUAGCGGCAGCCGCGGCGGCGUACGGCACGCCGGAGCAUACCGGCGGCGUCAUGCGGCCGUCGUACUCUUACGCAUCGUACCCGGAGAAUGAGCCCCGUGCCCUCCCGCCGGCCGCACCCCCUGUCUUUGGCUGGCAGUGCGGCAGCAACGUCGGCGGCAGCAACGUCGGUGGCGGUGGCGACGCUGUACUGCAUUAUCUGCGUCGUAAUAGCGACGUGUACGGCAACCGACUGCACUCGCCGUGGCCAGCAGCUUCACAUGGCCCUCAUGGCGCGUGGACCGGCCAACCAAUACCGUUGCCGUACCACCACUCACAAUCCGCCAAUUCGUACCCGUACGCCGCCGUACAGCACCAAUCGCAGCCUAACCCCGGGAACCCCGGGUGGUUCCCGCGCCAUUGUUUGGCCGCUAACGCCGCCGCCGCCCCUAGUGCGCGGGUAUCAUAUGGCAUGUACGGCAUAAUGCCUCCGACGGGUGCUGCUGCGUCGCCGCUUCCGCCGCCGUGGAUUCCCCCUCAUCAUCUUUCACAGCCGCAGCAGCCCGGGUACGGGCAGACCGACGGCGGCGGCGGCGGCGGCGGUGGCGGCGCCACUGUAGCAGGAAUCAUCCCGACAUCGCCACAGCAGCCGCUGCCGCCGCCGUCGACUAAUUCAUCAUUCGCCGCCGCCGUUACCACCGCCGCCGCCAGCGCCGCUGCGCCCGCCGUGGGCCAAGUGUCCGUUCUGUUCCUGGGUACGGGCAGCGCUGAGCCGUCCAAAUACCGCGGUGCCAGCGCUGUGCUGGUGCGAGGGCUGGGGCCGCUGACCCGUGGGUCGCUCCUCAUUGACGCGGGCGAGGGCGCUUUCGGCGCGAUGGUUCGCUGGCUGGGCCCCCGGGGUGCGGUGGAGGCGGUGUCGGAUUUGGCGGUUGUGUGGAUCUCACACAAACACCCCGAUCACUGUUUGGGCCUGCCGGGGCUGCUUGAGGCUCGCGGGAGGGCAGCGGCGGCGGCGGCGAGGGCGGCGGUACGGAAGGAGGCGGCGUCUGCGCCGCCGUUGCUGCCGCCCUUGUUGGUGGUGGGGCCUGCGGAAGUGGGUCAAUGGCUAUCGAGGAGUUGCUACUGCUGCCCCCCGUACGGCAUGAUUGGAAGUAACGGCAUCAACCGUGGCGGCGGCAGCAACGGCCUUGGUGGCGAUGAUGUUGACGGUUUCCUUCCCGAGCUACAGAUGCAGCAGCAGCAGUCGCGUGUUGCUGCGCCUUCCGGGGUGAACGCGGCGGCGGCGGGGCCCAAUGGGCUGCAGCUAGCCGGCAGACCGCAGCAGCGGGGUAUGCGACACCACUGCCGUCACUGCGGCGGCGGUGUCCUGGAGGGGAGCGGUGGUGCUGGCGGCGGCGACGUCGCGGCGCAGUGCGAGUUGUUGGGGUUGUUCCGUUGGCAGUCUGUGGCCGUACACCACUGUCGUGACGCCUGGGGCUUGGUUCUGGAGCAUCGAGACGGCUGGAAGCUCGUUUACUCAGUUAUCUGUGCUAUCCCCGUCGUACUCCCCCCCCCGCAACCCUUCAUGAUUGCUCCAGGGGACACGCGGCCCUGUCCCGCCCUCAUUGCUGCCGGCCGCGGCGCCACACUGCUCAUACACGAGGCCACAUUUGAACCUUGCAUGGAGUCCCAGGCGCGCAGCAAGAGGCACUCCACGUCAGCGGAGGCGGCGGCGGUGGCGGAGGCGAUGGGAGCUUACAGGACUAUACUAACGCACUUCAGUCAGCGAUACCCGCGGAUUCCAGCCGGAGUGAACCCGGCGGCCCGGCCGCUGCACCGGAGACCUCUGCCAGCCUUCGACGGCAUGCUGCUGCCGCUGGCGGCGCUGCCGGAACUGCCGUACAUACUGCCGCCGCUGGCGCUGGCCAUGGCGGAGCCGGAAAAUGCGACGGCGACAGCGACGAUGGCGGCGGGGGAAUAA